GAUGGAUCCCACCGCCGCGUGCUUCCCGCAGCUCAGCUUCGGAUCACAACUUGAAACUUUCCAGUGAUGUGGAGCUCUUACUCGAGGAUGCGCCGACACCAGAGGAGAUGUUCACCUCGAGUGUGAGGCUUCAGGAACUCAAAUGAAGAGAUAGCACCAUUUACCCUGCUGGAGAUGAAGGCAGACCGGUGAACUAUGAACUUGUUCGUGUGGAUAUCAGUGUUAAACUUUUUCUCAUGCUGGACUUUGGUUGACGCACAGAUGGGGUUCGAUGGUCCUCUCUCUGCUCAGGAGCAGAUGUACAUCCUUUAUGAAGUCAAACUGCAGUGCUACCAGAACCUCUCCAACACUGACCCAGGAGCCACAGAUGAGACGUGUCCUCCAGACUGGGACGGUCUUAUUUGUUGGCCCCACGGCUCCCCUGGGCUGGUUACCAAGGUUCCCUGCCCGUCUUACAUCUACGACUUCAAUCACAAAGGACAUGCUUACAGGAAGUGUGACGUCAACGGUUCCUGGGUGUUUGCGGACCGCUGGAACAAAACCUGGACCAACUACUCAGAGUGUCUGCGCUUCCUUCAGCCCAGCGAUGAGGACGGGAGACAAGACUUCUUUGAGCGGCUGUAUGUCAUGUAUACCAUUGGCUACGCUGUGUCCUUCAGCUCUCUGCUGGUGGCCAUCUUCAUCAUUGGAUACUUCAGACGUCUUCACUGCACCAGAAACUACAUCCACAUGCACCUGUUCGUUUCCUUCAUGCUGAGGGCCGUCAGCAUCUUCGUGAAGGACAAAGUCGUCCAUUCCAGCGCCGGAUUGCAGGACUUUGAUUCUGCCCUGUUGGACAACCUAAAAACAGUUAGCAUGGCACCACUGGACACGUCUCAGUAUAUUGGCUGCAAGGUGACAGUGCUGCUCUUCAUCUAUUUUCUGGCCACCAACUAUUACUGGAUCCUGGUAGAAGGCCUCUACCUCCACAGUCUCAUCUUCAUGGCCUUCCGAUCAGACUCCAAAUACCUCUGGGGCUUCACACUCAUCGGAUGGGGUGUUCCAGCUGUUUUUGUGGCAGUGUGGGCGAUUGUCAGGGCAACACUAGCUGAUGCAAGGUGUUGGGAGCUAAGUGCUGGUAACAUUAAGUGGAUCUACCAGGUUCCCAUCCUGACAGCCAUUGGGCUCAACUUCAUCUUGUUCGUUAAUAUCGUGCGAGUGUUGGCCACUAAAAUUCGAGAGACAAACGCAGGGAGAUACGACACCAGGAAGCAGUACAGGAAACUGGCCAAGUCCACCCUCGUGUUAGUGCUGGUGUUUGGCAUCCACUACAUCAUCUUUGUCGGGAUGCCUACGUUUGAGGGGCCGAGCUGGGAGGUCCGCAUGUACUGCGAGCUGUUCUUCAACUCUUUUCAGGGUUUUUUUGUGUCCAUCAUCUAUUGCUACUGCAACGGAGAGGUCCAGACAGAGAUAAAGAAAACCUGGACACGUUGGAACCUGGCCUUUGAGUGGGAGGGCCCAGUGGUCUGCGGCCGGUACCGCUACGGCUCCGUCGUUGUCGGCCUCAACAACAACAGCACCAGCAGCCAGUCCCACCUGGCGGGUGGAGGCCCUUCCACGCGCUCCACCACGCUCGCGUCGAGCCGCGUUUAUCGGAGCGCAGGUGCCCCAGUGAUCAGCAUGCACGCCACCCUCCCAGGAUACGUGAUCAGUAACUCAGACCCAUCCAUACCUGAAGAACCCGAGGACAGCGGCCCCAAGCGGGUGGACGAUAUCUCGCUGAAGGAAAAUCUGCCUGUUAUUAGUCCUGGUGCGACAGCUGAGGAUGAGGAGGAAACACUGUAGCACCCAAAACAGGGUAGAGACUGAUGGGGAAGCUUGUAGGUGGAGCUGCAUCAGGGCAGUCAAGCUCUAAAGAGGGCAUCAAAGACAAACAAAGAGCUUCACUGUAACAAUGAGAAAUCUAAAAAUGUCUUGAACCUCCUCAUGUGAAAGAAGUUACACAUAUACAUUAACGAAACCACAGGUAUGAAGCUGAGUUGGAACACGGUUGGAAAAAUGAAGAAACAUGGAUAGUUUGACUCAUGCCAUGAACCCGAGCUGCCGCUAUUGAAAGCACAUGCUUCGUGUGUCGACCUCCCCAACCACCGCAGCUGCGCUUUUUCGCUCGCUGUGUGAAAAAUAUGAAGAAUUUUCGUCCCUUCUGGAGACUAUUUGUGUGUGGAUGUAUUCGUAGGAGGCAGGAGUGUGAAAUUCAAACAACAAAAAGACAUCUAAAUGUAUAUUUCAGCGUGUGUCGGAGUGCACCUCAAUUGUUUCUAACCUUCAGAAGUGUAGAAAUGGAGGGCAGUGCCAUUUCUUUUCCUUUUUCCUGCUGUCAUCUUGAUUGUGUAUAACAAGAGUAGCACAAUUGAGGAUAAUGAAGAGGCAGAGUAUGAACAAAGCACACAGCAACACAUGAGAAAUAUACAUAAUAAGAACACAGUGAGGGAAACAGGUGGUCAGAAAAAAGGUUGAUGCUUUAUUAAAAGUUAGAGAUGUAGAAUAAUACUCAUCUCCUUGAAUGAGGAGACUUGAUGAACCUUUGUUCAUUAACAUUACAUAACUGAAUGUCAUUUUCUCCAUGUGUCCCAAAGCUACAUAGAAAAUGUGCAGCCGUUUACAGGAGUUUCUAGUCAUGCAGUUGGCUUAAUUACAAUUCCAGCAGGUGAAAGUAAGAAGAGGAGGCGUCCUGACGAUGCAUCCUUUUCAUGGACGAACUCAGUGUCAUGCUGAACUCGUGCGCUUGCUCAUACAGCACUUUUUGAGAGGAGAAACUCUGCAAGCUACAUCUGCGACUGGAACUGAAGGGUAUGCAGAAUAUACAAUCGAGGUGAAGUGAAAUGAAGAUAUUGCUCACUGUUUCGGGAGAUGCAUUGAUGUGCACAUGUGCAGGGACAAUUUUGGCUUUUGUUGCUUUGAACUGUUGAUAACUGGGUUCAACUGCAAUGAGUUCUGCUUUUAAGCAACGACAUAACACACGGUCAGUGGUAGGUACGGUUUUUAUUGCAAAUCAAAUGUGGCAUGAAGACAGCAUUAAAAUCAUGAUUUUCUUAUUUUUUACAAUCAACUGUUGUGCUGACUGUGAAGGGCUUUGUUGGCUGUUUAAUUGUUCUGUGUAUGUUUUGUGCACGCGUGUUUGUCAGCGCAGCUGAAGUUGGUGUUUUUGAGAUCGGGUAGCAUGAGGUGCUUACCCAUAGUCAGUGUAUGACAGUAGGUGGUAGCACUGCUAUGCAAUGUGCUGCUGUGGACAGGGUCGGCAGCAGAAUGUAUUUUAUAUGUCACAUUAAGAAUAUUGUCACUGCUUCACUGCCACAGACAUCUAGUCUCUCUUCACAUGCACCAGACUCCUUUGACGAAAACAGUGAUUUUACCCUGUGAUUUAACAUGGGAGGUGCUGUUCUACCGCUGCUUCGAUUUGUUACUUUGUUUGUGUUUCACUGAUUAGUUUAGAUCUGACUAACGUGUUAAAACACCACAUCACACAACAACACAAACAAACUAACCAAUCGAGGCGGGGGUAGAUGGGAUACUCCCCCGUUCUGCAAGGUAUAAUUACUGUUUUUGUCAAAGGAGUCUGGUUUCUCUGAAGAGAACGAUACUACGGUUUCAGUUUGCUGUUGGAAUGAGCAGUCUGUCAGCAAAGCAAAGCGGUGGAAAUAUUCUAAAUGCAGUACACACUUGAUUAUUUUAGGUGCAUAAAAUACGUUUAGCUGCUGCCACGUCCACAGCCGUGUGUGGCUUAGCUUCCAUGUCAGAACUCCCAUCUGCUUUUCCGAACCGAGGGCUGACCAGCAUCCGCUGACGGUAAUACCCUGACUAUUGAUUUGUAAUCUCAUUCAGCCCCACUUAAAAACACCAAACGAACCCUUUUGUGCAGUGUUUGUCACAAAAAGAGAAUCUUUAUUGUACAUGUGCCACUCCUGCUCCAACAGAAACUUUA